AUGGGCGCCGGAGUGGAUCAAAUCGGAGAAAUCGAAGGAGGAGAAGAAGAGACGGAGCGAAAUCGGAGUGAGGAAAGGAUAGAAUACAAGCCGCCCAGGAGGCGACGCGGCCGGAGCGGAGCGAACCGCUUUGCCGGCAGAGGAGGCGGCGUGGGUCCUCCAGGCUGCGGGUAUUUCGACAGCGUCGCCCCGAUACGCCCGGCCAAGCCACCGCGCAGCGACCCGUCGGACGGUGGUGCGGGCUGUGCCGUGGUUGCAGCGGGUGGCGACUUGCCGGAGCUCCGCAAGCUCUGCGAUCUCGAGGCCAAGCCCCAGAAGCUGGUGCUGGAUGGAGGGGUUGCGAACGGGGAAGAGUACAUGGAGAUGCAGUACUACUAUGGGAUCAACUGCAUCGACAAUCAGCAUCACACGUUUGCAAAAAAGUAA